CCCUAAAUAUGGACCAGGGGUUUUAGCCUCAAGACUGGAGAUAACGUAUUUAGAGAAAGUCAGUAAUCUCACAAUUUUGAGGACCACUGAAGAAGAUGAGGGAAUGUAUCACUGUGCAGUCCUUGAUUGGACUGAGAAUACGUGGAGUGGAACCUAUUUGUCACUGAGAGGAAAUAUCAAGAAAACAAUAAACUACACAAUUGUGCAGAGAUCAAGAACCGCAAAUACAGUAAAUGUGGAAGAAACUGAAACUCUGGAGUGUUCAAUUCUGUCUGGCUCUCAGACCAAGACUUGUCCAGGAGAGCUCCAGGUGUUCUGGUUUAGAGCCAGAUCAAGUAAUUCUUACCCAGAAAUUGUAUUCACCAGUGGAGUCCCUCAGGAUGUUUGUAUGAAGAAACAUGAUAGAAAAUGUGUUUAUAGCUUCUCUAAGAAUGUCAGUAUCUCUGAGACUGGGACAUACUACUGUGCCCUAGCCACAUGUGGAGAAAUAUUAUUUGGUGAUGGGACUACUCUUGGAGUUGAUCAAUCUUUAAACUCUUCAUUUAUCACACUGGUGACUCUAAAAAUUUGCUUGAUUAUUUCUGUUAUUUUACAUAUUACAAUUGCAUGCUACCUAUCCAUUAAAAAAGCCAAGAAACAGAUUAAAGGCAAAAAAUCAAGCCACGGACAUGAUGUUGGCCAAAAGGAAGACCAUAUUGAUGAAGAUAGAAAUGACCUGGACUACGCAGCACUGCAGUUUCCAGGAAGCAAAGCAACCAUUAGAUGUAUUAAGAAAAAUAUGGAUGAAAGUGUUUAUUCACAAGUAAAAUGAUAUCCUAUUUCUUUAUGUAUUUAGUUUAAUCUUUGGUUUGCGUUUUCAUAAGUACAUUUUGAGCUAAUUUAACCCUUUGUUAUGGAGCAAUUUUAUCUUAAAAAAAAGGAACGUUUAUGUUUUUACUUACUUUUUAUGAUAGUUUAAAAGUACCUGUUUGUACUUAUGUUAUAACAAUGCUGAAAUUAACUAUUUUAUUCAGUGAAUAGAAGUCUACAGAGCAACAUAUGUUAAGCAAAACUCAGCAGACAUAGUGGCUCACAAGCAUUAGUGCAGUUUUGCUUUUUUCAUGCUUGU